GAUCCAGUAGUUGUCCUUCACGCUUUCACCAGCAGACCAACUUCCUUCAAGUGCUCUUGGACCUUGCCUUCUUUUUAUUACAUGCUUUUUAUUCCUGCACAAACUAUGUUUCUCACAGCUUUUAUUCCUGCACAAACUAUGUUUCUCACAGCUUUUAUUCCUGCACAAACUAUGUUUCUCACAGCUUUCUCUCUUCUCCUCUUCUUCAACGUGGCCUCCACAGCCGGCGAGGUAAGCACAGCCACGGUGUACUGGAAUGUCCAUGACAAGACGGUCCUGCUGAAGGAGGAUCACCUGGGAGCAGAAGGUGAUGCAUACGGCUUCUUCAACAACACCCUCACCACUACUGGCUGGAGCGUGCUGGAGGUCAGAGCUGGAUAUGGAGACACGCCCCCUUCUGACCAGCUCACCUUCUACCUGGCGGGCUACCUGGAAGGCUUUCUGACUGCACAACAGAUGGAAGCUCACUACACCAACAUGUACCCUCAACUCAUCACUGACCCCACCAUCCUGGGCCCGCUGCACACCUUCAUCAAGCAGCAGGACUCUUGGACCAGAGAGCAGGUGAAAAGCCAGAAGAGUUCUGACCCUGUGUGGACACACACUGGCUUCAUUGUGGCGCAGAUGGACGGCCUGCAGGCGGGCGCUGCAGAGUGGGCCAAGAGACGAGGCAAAAAGCCGUUGUCCCUGUUUGCCAUUCAGUUUCUGAACGCCGUGGGAGACCUGCUAGACCUGAUCCCCAACUUGGUCCCGAGCUCCGCUGCGCCGCUCAAACACUUGAAACUUCCAGGGAUGGGACACUGCUCUGCACUCAUAAAGCUGCUGCCGGGCUUCGAGAACCUCCUCUUCGCCCACUCCAGCUGGUACACGUACGCUGCCACCAUGCGUAUCUACAAACACUGGGACUUCCACAUCAGCGAGCCGCACACGGCCACUGGCAAGCUGUCCUUCAGCAGCUAUCCAGGCUUCCUGGUGUCCCUGGAUGACUUCUACCUCCUGGGGAGCGGUCUGAUGAUGACGCAGACCACCAACAACGUCUUCAACUCCUCCCUUUUCCGCGCCCUCACCCCCAAAAGCCUGCUGGCCUGGCAGAGGGUCCGACUGGCCCACAGUUUGGCGCAUACAGGAGAGGAGUGGGCCAGCAUCUUCUCCAAGUACAACUCUGGAACCUACAAUAAUCAGUACAUGGUGUUGGACAGGAGCAAAGUCAAGCUGGGCCACAGUAUCAGUGACGGUGCCCUGACUGUGGUGGAGCAGAUCCCUGGGCUGGUGGAGUACUCGGACCAGACCCAAGCGCUGCGUUUGGGCUACUGGCCGUCCUACAACGUCCCCUUCCACCAGAACAUCUACCGGCUGAGUGGCUACCAGCUGAUGUGGCAGCACUACGGCCAGGACUUCUCCUACGACCUGUGCCCCAGGGCCAAGAUCUUCCGCCGUGACCAGGCCCACGUCAAAGACCUGGACUCCUUAAAGCACAUCAUGAGGUUCAAUGACUACAAGAAGGACCCGUACUCUCAAGGGAACCCCUGCAAGUCCAUCUGUUGCCGUAACGACCUGAAGGCAGAAGAGCCCUCGCCAGGCGGUUGCUAUGACACCAAGGUGACGGACUUCCAAAUGGCGGGCAGGUUCCAGGCGCAGGCGCUGAACGGGCCGACCACACAGGACGGACUGCCGCCCUUCAGGUGGGAGAAGUUCAGCCAGGUGAGCCACCAGGGUCUACCUGCCUUCUACAACUUCACCUUCGUCAGCAUGCAGCCUGUCCUCUUCCGCCCGUGAUUGUGUCCUGCCACACGGGGGUCCAAAAGCAGCAGAUAAUAGGAGCCCCAAAACACUUUAAAAGGGUAAUAAAAGAGCAAAGAGGUGUGAUUGAAGAAGAAGAUGUUGCAACAGUGUAGGCAGGCUUUUACUUUGAAAAGAGGUGUGAUUUAAGAAGAAGAUGUUGCAAUAGUGUAGGUAGGCUUUUACUUUGAAAAGAGGUGUGAUUGAAGAAGAAGAUGUUGCAAUAGUGUAGGCAGGCUUUUACUUUGAAAAGAGGUGUAAUUUAAGAAGAAGAUGUUGCAAUAGUGUAGGCAGGCUUUUACUUUGAAAAGAGGUGUGAUUUAAGAAGAAGAUGUUGCAAUAGUGUAGGCAGGCUUUUACUUUGAAAAGAAGUGUGAUUUAAGAAGAAGAUGUCUCAAUAGUGUAGGCAGGCUUUUACUUUGAAAAGAGGUGUAAUUUAAGAAGAAGAUGUUGCAAUAGUGUAGGCAGGCUUUUACUUUGAAAAGAGGUGUAAUUUAAGAAGAAGAUGUUGCAAUAGUGUAGGCAGGCUUUUACUUUGAAAAGAGGUGUAAUUUAAGAUGAAGAUGUCACAACAGUGUAGGCAGGCUUUUACUUUGAAAAGAGGUGUAAUUUAAGAAGAAGAUGUCGCAACAGUGUAGGCAGGCUUUUACUUUGAAAAGAGGUGUGAUUUAAGAAGAAGAUGUCGCAAUAGUGUAGGCAGGCUUUUACUUUGAAAAGAGGUGUGAUUGAAGAAGAAGAUGUUGCAAUAGUGUAGGCAGGCUUUUACUUUGAAAAGAGGUGUGAUUGAAGAAGAAGAUGUUGCAAUAGUGUAGGCAGGCUUUUACUUUGAAAAGAGGUGUGAUUGAAGAAGAAGAUGUUGCAAUAGUGUAGGCAGGCUUUUAUUUUGAAAAGAGGUGUGAUUGAAGAAGAAGAUGUUGCAAUAGUGUAGGCAGGCUUUUACUUUGAAAAGAGGUGUGAUUUAAGAAGAAGAUGUCUCAAUAGAGUAGGCAGGCUUUUACUUUGAAACUCAUUGCUCAGAAAAGAAUAACAACUUAUAAUAAACACAUGGGAAGUUGCUCUAGAGAUUUAAAAGUACAAAUGAAUUGAAACUACCACCAUCAACGUGUGAAGGUGGAAGGAAUAAGUUGUGGGUUCAACUUAUCAGAAAAAUAAAUAAUAUAUAUAUGACUUAUUUUUAAGACUUUUAUAAGUGGAGGCCUUUUGGAUCUUUUUUUUACUGUCAUUGUUUUAAAAGAAAUAUGAAUAAACCAAAAGCAUUUUAGUUAUGAAUGAUUGACUCUUCUAAGGU